GCAAAGUGGGCAAUGACUAGAGUAAUACGGUCCGCUUAUUGGACUGUAAACUAAUGCGAUUUCACGUUUCUUUUCUGCGUCUGUGCGCCUCCCAUUUCCACUCACUACGGGUUCCUGGCGCGAGGAAGAUGCCCGCGGUGCUGACAACCGUGAAGUGGAGAUGACGUGAACGAGUUAACUUCAUUUUAGGAUUAACAGUGCGGACUAACAUUUGGAAUUUUUCAAGAUGAGCUUCCUCUUGCCCAAACUGACUAGCAAGAAAGAAGUGGACCAGGCAAUAAAAAGUACUGCAGAGAAGGUGUUGGUUCUGAGGUUUGGGAGAGAUGAGGACCCUGUCUGUCUGCAGCUAGAUGAUAUUCUUUCUAAGACCACCUCUGACUUAAGCAAGAUGGCAGCAGUAUAUCUGGUGGAUGUGGACCACACUCCAGUCUAUACACAGUAUUUUGACAUCAGUUAUAUUCCAUCUACUGUAUUUUUCUUCAAUGGGCAGCAUAUGAAAGUGGAUUAUGGGUCUCCGGAUCACACUAAAUUUGUGGGCAGUUUCAAAACCAAACAAGACUUCAUAGAUUUGAUUGAAGUAAUCUAUCGGGGAGCAAUGAGGGGAAAACUUAUUGUCCAAAGUCCCAUUGAUCCCAAGAAUAUCCCCAAAUAUGACCUCCUCUAUCAGGACAUUUAGCAUGUUCACUGCAGUUGGAGAUGAGAGGGGCACAGGUUGGAACAGUACCUGAACCCAGCAGGCCUAUGGUCUGGAGGCCCUUGGAAGCCGGUUCAGCAGAGGAGAGUUUGAUGCGUCUGUAAACAGCAGCCCUGAGCUGAAGCCCAACUGGUGGUUGGUGCCCAUGUGGAUGCCUGUACAUCCACUGGGAGCCUCAGCAGCUGAGCAACAGAACUCAGUUUCCCUGAGUGGUCUUCUAACUUCUUUAUACUAUGAUUUUCUUUAUACUAUGAUUUUACCCUUAACAUUGCGAGUACAGUUUGACUUAACCCUGUUUGUCUGAUGAACAAAUAAAAUGGAAAGUCAGUCUCAUA